AUGGGGCUGCGGAUUCACUUUGUUGUUGACCCACAUGGUUGGUGCUGCAUGGCUUUGAUUGUCUUUGUCUGGUUAUACAAUAUUGUUUUAAUUCCCAAAAUUGUCCUCUUUCCUCACUAUGAAGAAGGACAUAUUCCAGGCAUAUUAAUAAUAAUAUUCUAUGGCAUUUCCAUAUUUUGUCUGGUUGCCUUAGUGAGGGCUUCAAUAACUGACCCUGGAAGACUUCCGGAGAACCCCAAGAUCCCGCAUGGAGAAAGGGAGUUCUGGGAAUUGUGUAACAAGUGUAAUUUGAUGAGACCAAAGCGUUCCCAUCACUGCAGCCGCUGCGGACAUUGUGUUAGGAGAAUGGAUCACCACUGUCCAUGGAUUAAUAAUUGUGUUGGUGAAGAUAAUCAUUGGCUUUUUCUGCAAUUGUGUUUCUACACAGAACUUCUUACUUGCUACGCACUGAUGUUUUCUUUCUGCCACUAUUAUUAUUUUCUUCCACUAAAAAAACGUAACUUGGACCUCUUUGUCAUUAGGCAUGAAUUGGCCAUCAUGAGACUCGCUGCCUUUAUGGGUAUUACCAUGCUGGUUGGAAUCACUGGACUCUUUUAUACUCAGCUAAUUGGCAUCAUCACAGACACAACCUCUAUUGAAAAGAUGUCAAACUGUUGUGAAGAAAUAUCAAGGCCCCGAAAGCCAUGGCAGCAGACCUUCUCAGAAGUUUUUGGCACUCGUUGGAAGAUCCUGUGGUUCAUUCCUUUCAGGCAGAGACAACCACUGCGAGUUCCCUACCACUUUGCCAAUCACGUCUAA